UGGACAAAGGGACGUCAGUUCUGCCCCAUAGGGGUGGCAUCAGGGCCAGCCUUCGCCCCCGGGGAUGCGGGCGCCACCCUGUAGGCACCCAAUGCAUCCAAAUGGGGCAACAGAGCGUAGAACAGGGAAGGAAAGAUGAACUGGGGCGGCCAAGAAUUGUCCUUGUGAAACCAAGCAUCGCCACGGGGGACAGGAGCAGCUCCUGGGAUCAGCAAGGAUGUUUUGGGGGCCAGCAGCACCCAAAGGUGCUCUUGGAGCACUGAAGAAUCCCCUUGGAGCAGCCAGGAAGCUUCGUGGAGGAACAAAGCAUCUCUAUGGGGCGCCUCCGUGGUGCCUUGACUCGAUUGAGUCAGUGUGGGGCAAAUGGGGGUCAGUAGAGAUCAGUGUGGGUCAGUAGAGAUCAGUGUGGGUCAGCACAGAUUGAUGUGGGUCAGAACAGAUCAAUGUGGGUCAGCACAGAUCAGUGUGGGUCAGAACAGAUCGAUGUGGGUCAGAACAGAUCAGUGUGGGUCAGUACAGAUCAAUGGGGGUCAGUACAGAUCAAUGUGGGUCAGAACAGAUCAAUGUGGGUCAGCACAGAUCAAUGUGGGUCAGAACAGAUCGAUGUGGGUCAGAACAGAUCAGUGUGGGUCAGAACAGAUCAAUGUGGGUCAGUACAGAUCAAUGUGGGUCAGCACAGAUCAGUGUGGGUCAGAACAGAUCAGUAUGAUCCUAGCUCACUUCCGCCCACUGGCCGGGUCUCUAUGGGGGUCGUCAGUGUGUCUCCCCCUCUAGUCCGUCUCUAUGGUUGCUGGAGGACCGCGCUUUCUCUCCUAGUCUCUAUGAUCCUAGCUCACUUCCGCCCACUGGCCGGGUCUCUAUGGGGGUCGUCAGUGUGUCUCCCCCCUCUAGUCCGUCUCUAUGGUUGCUGGAGGACCGCGCUUUCCUCUCCUGGUCUCUAUGAUCCUAGCUCACUUCCGCCCACUGGCCGGGUCUCUAUGGGGGUCGUCAGCGUGUCUCCCCCCUCUAGUCCGUCUCUAUGGUUGCUGGAGGACCGCGCUUUCUCUCCUAGUCUCUAUGAUCCUAGCUCACUUCCGCCCACUGGCCGGGUCUCUAUGGGGGUCGUCAGUGUGUCUCCCCCCUCUAGUCCGUCUCUAUGGUUGCUGGAGGACCGCGCUUUCCUCUCCUAGUGUCUAUGAUCCUAGCUCACUUCCGCCCACUGGCCGGGUCUCUAUGGGGGUCGUCAGUGUGUCUCCCCCCCUCUAGUCCGUCUCUAUGGUUGCUGGAGGACCGCGCUUUCCUCUCCUAGUCUCUAUGAUCCUAGCUCACUUCCGCCCACUGGCCGGGUCUCUAUGGGGGUCGUCAGUGUGUCUCCCCCCUCUAGUCCGUCUCUAUGGUUGCUGGAGGACCGCGCUUUCUCUCCUAGUCUCGAUGAUCCUAGCUCACUUCCGCUCACUGGCCGGAAGUGACGCAAAGCGAAGGCGACCGGAAGGAGCGGCGGCGGCGGCGGCGCUUCGGGGCGUGGGGGGAAGGCGGCGGCGGCUGCGGCGAGGUCCCUCAGCGACGGCCGCCGUCCCCUCCGCCAUGGCCGAGGCGGUGCAUUACAUCCACCUGCAGAACUUCAGCCGCUCGCUGUUGGAGACCCUCAACGGGCAGCGCCUGGGAGGCCACUUCUGCGACGUCACCGUUCGCAUCCGCGAAGCCACCCUGCGCGCUCACCGCUGCGUCCUGGCGGCCGGCAGCCCUUUUUUCCACGACAAACUGCUGCUGGGUCACUCGGCCAUCGAAGUGCCCCCCGUCGUCCCCAGCGGGGCCGUCAGGCAGCUGGUGGAGUUCAUGUACAGCGGGUGCCUGGUGGUGGCCCAAUCCGAAGCUCUGCAGAUCCUCACCGCCGCCUCCAUCCUACAGAUCAAGACGGUGAUCGAUGAAUGCACGCAGAUCAUCUCGCAGAGCCGCGGGCCCAAAGUGCUGCCGCCCGCCCGGCCGCCGCCGCCGCCGCCUCCUGAUGCUCAUCACAAACUCCGUGAGCUCCUGAUGCCGCCGCAGGACAACGACGGCUUCUUCGGAGCGUCCGGCUGUCACAGCCGUAAACAGAGGCAGCCGCUGCGGCUCCAGCUGCCGGUCAAGGAGGAGGAGGAGGAGGAGGUGGGGGGAGGCAAUGAGGAAGGCUCAGCGCCCCCCCCGCCGUUCCCUGCUGAAGAGCCGCUGUUUUUCGGUCCCCCUGAUGUUUUCUCUGAUGCUUUCCUGCCACCUUGGCCCAGCGACGAUGGGGGCAAAGUGGGACCUGAGUGCAGCCUGGAGGCGUCGGGGAGGGGUCCGGCUUUUGGGACAGAGGUGGAGCUGGCAGGGAGCAGCCUGGGCUUUGCCCCCCCUGUGCCACCCCUCUACGAGGAGGGGUUUGCAGAAGGGGGGACGAGUGGUGGAGUCGCUCUGGUCCCCAAGGUGCCGCGGGCCGGGCCGUCACGUCGCCCUGAGCCGUCCUACCAGUGCGGCCAUUGCCAGAAGACCUUCAGCUCCCGUAAGAACUACACCAAGCACAUGUUCAUCCACUCUGGCGAGAAGCCCCAUCAGUGUUCCAUCUGCUGGCGCUCCUUCUCGCUCCGUGACUACCUGCUGAAGCACAUGGUGACCCACACGGGCGUCCGUGCCUUCCAGUGCAGCAUCUGCUGCAAACGUUUCACCCAGAAGAGCUCCCUCAACGUCCACAUGCGAACCCACCGCGCUGAACGCUUCCAGUGCCGCCUCUGCACCAAAGGUUUCUCCCACCGCACCCUCCUGGAGCGACACGCUGCUGCCACCCACCCUGUGCCACCUCCUGGGCCACCUCCAGGGCCGCCUCCACCAGACACCAAGGGCGUCAGCCACACUCCCAUGGCAUAAAGGUGGCCGGGAGGGUUGUUGCCACCCCCAGACUGAUUCUCUGAACACCGUGGGGUGAAACCUGGAGGACUUUGACCCCCUGUUGUGCAUUUGAUCCCCUGGAUGGAGAGAUGAGGUCCGUCCCACUCCUCCCCUCCCACCCAGGAUGCGUUUCUCAAUAAUGGGGGUUUUCCCUUCACCUCUGAACCGCGGCUGUAGGGGUGGUUGAACGCACUCCGAGGUGCCGGCGGGUUGUGAAAAUCAACACGCGGGUUUUAAGGACUCGUUUAGUGCCAUUAAUGCAACUGUUUUCCUUCAGAAUCCCUCCUACCCCACUGCCCUCCUGUGAGGCUCUCACCCAGCAGAUUGCGGGCGUCAGCAGGGCCGGAUC